GAGAAAAAUGUGUUCCAAAUCCAGCUUUGAUAAAAUGCCCGAAAAAACGUUUCCCAAACAUUUGCAAAAACGACGAAAACGAAAAUUUCCCCCACUCCGAGGGAUCUAUCAUAAUAAAAUGUUAAAAAUACUGGUGAUACUAGUCUGUUUAGUGAAUAUUUUAUAUCAUUUAAAUUUAAUCAAAAUAAGUGUGGAAGCCCACAGUGCCAACAAUAACAACCAGAGCAACAACAAUGCAACUAAAAAUUCUACAAAAAAUGCCAACAACUUUAACAUCACCACAACUGCCUUAGCAAAGACUUUGAGUGAUUCCAAAACACUCGAACAUCCAAUGCAAAAAAGCCAAAAUGGCAGCAACAGCUUUUUAAAAGCCCAAAAAUCAAUUCGUAGUAUUAAUGUAAAUAAUAGUUAUAAUCAACAAAAUUUGAUAGUGCGUCAAAAUAUGGCAACGCAAAAUUUGGCGGCUACAAAACGUAAGCUGAGACGCAAACCCAGCCAGCAAGAGUUGGGCAGUAAUGUUAAUAACAGAACCCGCCAUGGCAUGAUGUCAACAGGUGGAGCAGGUGGUGGUGGCGGCGUUGGCCUUUCUCACACUACACGCUACAAAGGAAAACGUAGAAAAUAUCACAGACCCGUACAAAAUAGCCAUACAAACAGCUCAAUACCAAAGAAUUUAGCCACGCUAAGACCAUCUAAGCCAACACCAUCAGCGGCGCCUUCAACAUCACCCACUAUGGCCACCACCUUGGCCAGCCAUUAUGCCGCCCGUCCUUAUAUGCAUCAAAAACAACAACAAUUUUCCUAUACGAAUCGUACCUAUCAACGUCAACAUCAGUAUCAACAGCAAAGUGUCCAAAUACCUUCGUCCACCAUAAGUGUGACCUCGACCAUAGAUCAUCAUCAUCAUCACCAUCAGCAGCACCAACAUCCCCAUGGGCAUCGUAAUCAGGCUGGCAGUCAACAUCAGCAUCAACCACAAUCCUAUGGCAAUGGAACGCGAUUUUAUCCUACUGCUACCAGCACAACCAAUAUUCAACAUUAUAUUGGUGUCAAUACCACCAAUAUACAUGAAAUUAAAUAUCCACCCUCAGCUCCGCCUGCCCAGCAUCAUCAGUCGGUGCAAAAUCAAAAUCAUGUGGUCACCGAUAUUGUGGUGUAUCGCAAUAUAGGACCCAUACCCUGUCCUCCGGGGGUACGUUUGGUGCCUCAUAGGGUCAUAACGGCAACACCAGAUCCUCGGCUCAAUCGUCAAAGGGAAUGUCAAUGCAGUCAUUUGGGCUCAAUCGGUAAUACCUGCGACAAACGUUCGGGUCAAUGCUCUUGCCUGCCAAAUGUUACCGGACGCCGUUGUGAUAAAUGCAAAUCGGGCCAUUGGAAUUUGACACAAAAUGUGGGAUGUCAUGAUUGUCGUUGUGAUCCCUCGGGAUCGCGUGGCCAUGAGUGCAAUCCAUGGACUGGUCAGUGUGAUUGUAAGAUUGGUGUGGGAGGUCAACGCUGUAAUGAAUGCACCGAUGGUUUCUUUGGCUUCUCCACCGAUGGGUGUCAGAGGUGUGCACCCUGUCCGGGCGAGGGACAAGUAUGUGAUCCCAUUAAUGGCAGAUGUGUUUGCCCACCCAAUAGCAGAGGUUUGGGUUGUAGCCAAUGUAUGAGUGGUACCUGGGGUUGGCAACCAAGGCUGGGCUGUCGAGAAUGCCAAUGUGAUCGUGUGGGUUCCAUAGGAAAAUAUUGUCACACCAUUUCAGGGCAAUGUCAAUGUAGAGAAGGCUACACAGGCAGACGUUGUGAUUCAUGUGCCAUAGGCUAUUUUGGCUAUCCCGAGUGUCGGCGCUGUAACUGUGAUGUGGAUGGUUCGUUUGUGAGAAGUGAUGGUCUUAUAGCCUGUGAUGCGAAUGGCCAGUGCCCUUGUAAGAGUUUGGUGGUGGGCCUGAAGUGUGAUACCUGUAUGCAGUCCACCUUUGGCUUGUCCGCCUUGAACCCUGAGGGAUGUACUCGCUGCUAUUGUUUUGGCCGAGCCACCGAAUGUGAGCAGAGUGAUUGGUCUUGGGGUCAUGUGCGUAUGUCUGAGGCCCGCAAUUUGACUGUGCAAUAUGUCAGGGCUUCGCAUGUCACCAACACGGAGUUCGAAUACAUUGUGGUGGUGCAAAUGAGUGGCUCGCAAACAUAUCGCGAGGAUGCCGAAAUACAAAAUAUGAACGGCUUGAAUUUGAUACCCCGCUCCACGGGCAAUGUGACCAUGGGCUCGUAUAGCCAAUUGUAUUAUCCCCUGUAUUUCCAAUUGCCGCCACAAUUUUAUGGUGAUCGUACCAACAGUUAUGGUGGCAACUUGUAUUUCACUCUGCUCACUGAGGGCGGCUCGACGCCCUUGGAUCGUAAGAUAUUGGGGCGUUAUCCUUUAGUGCAAAUGCAUGCCCAUAGUAGAAUGAUAUUGGAUUUCUAUGAGUAUGAGUCGUUUGAGUAUUCGCGUAAUGAGACAUAUAGAGUGCCUUUGCAUGAGUCCUAUUGGAAGCUGCAUCAUAAUGGUCAGGCGGUGGAUAGGAGUACACUGAUGGCGGCGUUGCAGAAUGUAAGGCAUGUGUUUAUACGAGGAUCCUGUUUUGCCGAUUUUACGGAGAUCAUUUUGCAAAAUGUCCAUAUGGACUCGGCAAUUUAUGUCCACGGCUCCACCAGCAUGCUGGCCAAAGGUGUGGAGAAAUGUAAAUGUCCCAAACGCUAUGAUGGUUUGUCUUGCCAGGAUCCUGGCCAGGGCUAUUACAGAUGGCGCAAUGUCACCGAAACCAUUUCAGAGACCAUAUACAUAGAGGAGAUGAUAGGCAGGGCCGCACCCUGUAACUGCAAUGGGCGCAGUAAUCAAUGUAAUCGAGAGACUGGGGAAUGUAUGAAUUGUGUUGAGAACUCUGGUGGCCGCCAUUGUCAACAAUGUGCCGAGGGCUUUUAUGGUGAUCCCAAUUCCCCCUAUGGCUGUCAGGCCUGUCCUUGUCCCGAGACAAAUCGUAACUUUGCCAAAGGCUGCACCGUAUGGCAGGGUGAAGUCAAUUGUGUUUGUCGUCCUGGUUAUAUGGGCAAACUCUGUGAUCAAUGUCGUCCUGGCUUCUAUGGCAAUCCCAUGGCCUCCCCCAAUAGUACCUGUAAGCCUUGUGAUUGCAAUCUCUAUGGCGUGAGUCAGGAGGGUUGCGAUGCCAAAACAGGGCAAUGUUAUUGUCAGCCUGGAAUUACAGGCCUAAAAUGUGACAAAUGUAUGGCGGAACGCCAUCAUCUAGAGGAAAAGGGUUGUAAAAUCUGCGACAACUGCACUCUACUGCUAAUGGACUAUGUGCAACUGAUAGGCCACAAGCUGAGGAGAGGUUUGCACAACAUGGACUUGACUGGCAUACCGGCGCCCUACAAGAAAGUGGAGGAAUAUGAGCUGCUGUUUCAUCAAGAGGAUGUUCGCUAUCAGGACUUCAAUGAUGCUCGCCGUUUGUUAUUGAACUAUGACAGCAAAGCCUUGCUGAAAUUGGAUUCUCAUGCUGAAAAUCAGAAAUUUCAAAAUCGCAAGGCCUUGGCCACAGCGGAAAAGCGUACCUAUGCCAUGGCCAUACUGGUGCAGGAUGCCACUGUUUUGUACCAGGACUUGGACUCCGUUAAGACAGACAUUCUGCAAAACAUAGCCACUUUGGAUAAUUAUGGGCGUGGUGCUCAUCAUCUGAGUCUACCUUCCGCCUUGCAGCAGGCCCGUUUCUAUUUGGAUUCCAUUAAACAGCAUCGCGAUUCGUUUGAGGAUAUACGCUCGGCCUCCGCUUGUGCCUGGCAUUAUUUUUAUAAAUUUGGCAAUGCCUCCGAUUUGGCCUUCGAUCAGAAAGGCAAAAUUGAAAUGUUUUGGAGAGAUCUAAAUCACUCUAAUUUUCGCAUAUCGGAUAUGCGUCUACAGGCUGAUCGCACUGUGGAAAUGCAAAACGAAAUCGAUGAUGUUCUGGAGCACAUAAAGAAUCUCAAGAUUUACACUUUGGAGGAUUAUCAACAAAUUCAGGAUCAGCAAACUUUGGUGGAGGACACUCUCAAACAGACUCUUAUGCCCCAGACAUCGGUUUUAAUAGAAUUGAAUAUAGAUCGCCUGGAGCUGUUAAGUGAUACCGUGGAUUCUGUAACCAAACUAGGCACCAUGUUGAAUGUAACUCAGGAGAGCAAUGAGAUAAUGCAUAGGGAGGUACGCAAGCAUUGGUUGCCCAAGGCCCAGAAACAUGCUGCCCGCUUGCUGGAAAGAUCCAAUGAAUAUGCCCGACAAUUUCAGCCCACCAGGCAGGGGGCACGCAUAGCCAUGUUGGCCAGUUCUGCCCAUAAAAAUAUUUCCGAUGCCAUUGAGGCCGCUCGUUUGGCCUCCAAGGAGGCUCGUGAGCAAGUAUAUUCUGCCCAUCAUAAAUUAUAUCCCCGUCUGGGGCUUUCGGUCAUCGAAAGGGCCCGCCUCUCUUUGCAUAAUUCACAGAUUUUAAAGAAACAAGCCAUGGAUAAGAUUCAGGAUACAGGAGUUCUAGAUAAUCGCUUAAAGUUCCAUGAGAACAAAGUCGAGUCCAUUAAAUCACGCAUUUUGGAAGCUGGCAUACGCACCAACAACAUCUCCUCCUAUAUACCACCCAUGCAGCGUACCACGGCUCGUAAAAAUGCUGUAGAAAGUUUGGAUAGCGCCUCCACUACCUCAGAAGAAAUGAGAGCAGUAACCCAAAAAACUCGAGAGUUGCAUGAGGACAUCAGAAAAUUGCGCGAUAAGUUCGCCAUACUUGAACCUGAUUUUGAAAUUAAACUAGGCAUGGCUGAGGAGAAUAUUUCGCUGACCAAGACCAAUGUGCGUCUGGCCAAUAUCUCGCUGACCUAUGUGGAGGAGCAGGCGGUGAGGGAACAAAAUGAAUUUGAUGUAUGGAAUAAUACCAUGGCCCAGCAGAUGCAGAAGCUGCGUGAUCAAAUAACCAAAGCCAAACAUGCGGCAGAGACCAUUAAAAUUUCCCUACAAUCGAUGGGUCCUAAAUGUAUCAGAUCCUAUUUGCCCACUUCCUAUGGUCUGACCACUUCGAAUAGCAUAAAGAUCAGCUUUGCCUUGGCCAAUCGCAAUGGCAACUCUCCCCUGUUGUAUAUACAAGGCAAUGAUGAUCGUUACAUAGCCUUGGAUUUGUUUAAGCGUCAUGUGCGUUUGCUGUGGAAUUUGGGAGGAGCUACGGAAAUUAUCACCCAUCCCUUGGAGAUACAGACACGAGAUCCCCAAUACGAUGAUGCCUGGUAUCAUGUGGAGGUUAAUCGCACUCUGAAUGUGGGCAGUCUUUUGGUGAGGCGCAUGAAUAAUUAUGGAGCCCUGGUGCCUCAGACCCCGGUGACAGGCAGCACAGAUGUGGAGUUCACACGCUUUAUACAAACCCCCGAGGAUCGCAUAUUCUUGGGUGGCUAUCCCAAGAUUUUAAGAACCAAGGAUUUGCAGCUCAACCCAGGGCUAAAUGUGGUGGUCCACAGUGUGGAGGUGGAUAAUAAACCCAUGGGUAUAUGGAAUUUUGCCACAAGUGAGGGAAAAUGUGGAGGCGCCAUGAUAGGAGCUCAAGAAUCAACCUCCUCCUCAGUGGCCCGACAUUUCAAUGGCCUAGGCUAUGCGGAAGUUAAGAAAUCAAGGCCAAGACCUUAUCGUAAGAAUUUGUUUGCCUUACAAAUGACCUUCAAGACAUUGGAUGAGAAUGCGUUGCUAUUCCUGGCAGUGGAUGAUAAGAAUAACCGCUCUGUUUCUGUAACACUUAGUCGUGGUCGCAUUAUGUUCCGCAUAGAUUAUGGCGAUGAAUCCAAGUUGGAAAUCAAUACCACCAAUAAAUACAACACCGGCAAAUGGGUUAAAAUCGAGGCCGCCAGAGAAUUUGUGCCCAAGCGUGGCACUGAGAAUGGUAUUUUGCGUGUCAGCAAUGAUCGGCCCAUAACAGGUUCCCCCACUGUGCCUAUAAAGAGUCACAUGUUGCCAGAUCUCUCCAAGGCUGUCUACUAUUUGGGAGGUGUGCCACCGGGCUUUACUUCAGCCACUUCUAAGGCUCCAGGGGCUGAUAAUCCCUUCUUGGGUUGCAUGAUGGAUGUGCAGGUUAAUGGUGAGACUUAUGAUCCCUUGGAGGGUUCCACACAUUUCGGGGUGGAGUCUUCUUGCAAGGAAAUGAUAACCAAAGCUGGCUUCAGGGGCCAAGGCUAUAUAGAACUGCCCUCUCAAUCUCUACGCAAGCGUGCCAAUACUGGUUUUGUUUUCCGCACUUUACAAGCCGAUUGUUUGCUCAUGUUGGCCGCCUAUCCUCCCGAAGUGCAAGAGGACUAUGAUGCCAAAGAUAUUAAGGGCAACUAUUCCAUAUCUCUCAUAGAUGGUCAUCUGCAAGUUUGGGUUAACUCUGGACGCAGUCUGGUUAAAAUGAAAUCCAAUGUCUCCCUUAAUGAUGGAGAAUUUCAUGUUGUAAAUCUGUUGAAGAAUGGUCGUCAUCUUGAAUUGAUGGUUGAUGAUGAACUGCAAGAGAGUAAAAAUCUUAUGGGCUCUCCCACCUUGGUUAGUAUGCCCAGAGAUGCUGGUGGUCUAUACAUAGGGGGUUCGCCUCCCCAUGAGGAAUAUACACCCUUGGCUCCUACCUUUAAUAAGUUGGAAGGGGCCAUACGUGAUGUGGUCUUCAAUAAUCGUACCAUUAACUUCAAUCAAGCCUUAUCGUUUGUCAAUGUGCAAAUUGGACGCAAUGGCCCUGCUAUGGGUAGUGUGAAUGGCCUUAGCGAUAUUUUGAUGAAGACUGAACCCAUGAUUGGUAAAAGUUUUACGGCAGCUCCCGAAGGAUGUAAAAGGGUGGGCAGCUAUUCCUACGAGCCAAAUGCCUUUAAAUUUGGCGAUGAACCCUAUAGCUUUGCUCAAUUGCAAACUCCAAUCCGUAACUAUUGGCAAAAGAAUUUCCAUAUUUCCUUCGAUUUUCGUUCCUUCUAUCCGAAUGGUCUGAUCUUUCUAGCCCCCGGUAUGAAAGAGAAGCAGAAACAUUAUCUAGCUUUAGUUCUCAAGGAUGGUCAUCUUCUAUUGGUGGUGCGCGGAAGAAGAAGAGAAGAAUUGCCUUUACAUGCCAAGCUAAAUGAUGGCGAAUGGCAUCAUGUCACCUUGUUGUGCAUUGAUCGCAAAGUGACCAUGUCUGUGGAGAUUGGAAGAACAGAUCAAAAGACUUCGGCUCAGAUGAAAGUUCCCAAAAAGAUUUCUGCUUCCAAUGUGGUGUUUGUUGGAGGUUUGCCAGAGAAUCCGCCAAAAAUACCUUCAGAGCUUUUGGUACGUUUAGAGCCGUUCAAGGGUUGCCUAAGGAAAUUUUCCAUAGCAAAUAGCACACAAGAUUUGGCUAAGCCUGGGAAACAUCUGCAUGUGGGUCAAUGUUUCCCCAAGGUAGAGAGAGGGUCCUAUUUUCCUGGAGAUGCCUAUGCGGUAUAUAAACGUAACUUCCACGUUGGCAAAUAUUUGGAAUUAGAAAUGGAAUUUAGGACUUCGGAACUCUCCGGUAUAUUAUUAAGUAUUUCAGAGUCUACAGGAUUUCCGGCUCUAUCACUAGAGAUUUUUAAUGGCAAUGUGGUCUUCUCUUGUGAUUUGGGUGAUGGUAAUCCCUUCCGCGUCGAAUCAUUAUUGCCCACCAAAUAUGCUUUGUGUGACAAUAAAUGGCAUAAUAUAUCGGCCCUGUACGAUUAUGAGCAAAUUGCCUUAAGGAUAGAUCAAAUGCCGGCAACAAUAGCGGUGGCGCAGCAAAGGACAGCUGGAAAGGUACAAACGAAGUCACCUUUGUACAUAGGUGGGAUUCCAGAUAUCGCCUCCAGUGGCUCCCUAUUGUCACGUGAAAACUUCAAAGGUUGCAUACGUAAUGUCUCCAUACGCAAUGAACGUCGAGAUUGGGUAGAUAUGGAUGUACUGCACAAUGUACUGCUGAGUGAGUGUCUAGUAUCGGGAAAUCUUGAUAGCUGAGCAGAGCUGAAAGAGCUUAGAGGAAGAGAGAGAGAGAGAUAUGAGAAAGAGACGAUGCCUAUAGAAAUGUGAUGCCAUAUUAAAAAAAAAAGAACUGCCAUAUACUUAAAUUUUAAUACAUACAAAACAAACGAAACGAAUAGUAAAGAGAAAAAAACAAAAGAUAUACGCUUAGAUCUGUUGAAAUCUAAAAUAAAAGCUUAAUAUUCACAAAAAAGCUAAGAAAAGCUUUGAAGCGAAACAUUGCUCAAAACAGUUUAAUGGUUUUCUUAAAGCUUUCUAGAAAACUUUGCAAAAUGUUUUGAGUAAUUUAAAGCUGGGCAUAGAACAAAUAAUUUAUAGACCUCGAAUAUUUCUUUAAAAAAAGCUUUUAAGCUUUAUCAUAGAGGACAACCUAUAAUUGGGUAAUUUCCUUAAAAAUAAGUACUGUGCCACAUAUUAGAACUUAUUUUUGAACGAAAAAUGGUUUCAAAUUUGAAUGUAAUUAUAAUAAAGAAAAAGCUUUUCUAUAGAUGGCGCUUUAUAAAUCAAUUACCGGCUUUCCUAUUUAGAUGGCGUCGUGUGAUUGCGUAACUUAGACAAAACGAUAUCCAUGUAUGUCAUAUAUAACAGCUUAUUUCUAAACGAAAAAUGACUGGGGUGUUUGAGUACUUCCAUUAACUGAAAAGCUCUUAGGUAGAGGGUGCUCAAUAAUUAAAUCACUCAUUUGCUUAUUUACCUGUGAUUGCAUGACUUCAAUAAAAUGAGUUUUAUGGCAUAUAUUAAAGAUUUUUUUCUUAACGAAAAAGCUUUAAGAGAUUAGAGAGCUUUUAAUAACUGAAAACUUAUUCAAUAGAUGGCGCUCUAUGACUUAUUAACUUUCCUGCUUACUUGCCUAAACGGCGUACUGUGAUUGCAUACCUCUAACAAAAUAAGUUCAAUGUCACAUAUAAAUGCUUAUUUCUAAACGAAAAAAUGUUAGUAAAUGAUAAGCUUUUAUCAGUGAGUUUAAUGAUAAUUACUUAAAAGCUCUUCUAUAUAUGGCAAUCUAUGAUUGAAUCACCUAACUCCUUACUUAUCUAGAUGGCGCCCUAUGAUUGCGUAACUUCGGCAAACGAUUUCCAUGUAUGUCUAAUAUAUAAGUUUUUUCUAAACGAAAAAUGGUUACGGUGUUAGAGUUCUUCCCAUAACUAGAGUACUUCCCAUAACUAUAGUACUUACCAUAACUGAAAAGUUAUUCAAUAGAUGGCGCUCUAUGACUUAUUUACUUUCCUGCUUACUUGCCCAAAUGGCGUCCUGUGAAUACAUAACUCCAACAAAAUGAGUUCCAGGUCAUUCUUAAAAGUUUAUUUCUUAACGAAAAAUGGUUAAGGUAAUGGAGUACUUUUGGUAACUGAAAAGCUUUUAUAUAUAGUUGGCAUUAUGUGAUGGAGUCAUUCGCCUUCUUACCUACAUAGAUGGCGCCAUAU